AUGGACGUCACGCACUUUGUCGCCAGUCACCGCGAGGCGCUCCUCAUUGGCGACUACAAUGCCUACCGGGCCCAGCUUUCCCGACAGAUUCUGGCCACCAGAAGGAGGCUCGGCCGCACGACCAACAAACGAGAGAAGUUCGCGGUCAAGCCAGUGACGGCAGAGGACGUGGGCAGUAACCAUGAGUUCGCACUCUUGAUAUUGCUUCAAGCGGAGCGAGCCUGGGCACACGCUAUGCACAUCAAAACCACGCAUACGGCCGACGCCAGCGGGCGGGGCAUCACUGGAUCCACGCGAAGCCAUCUGAUCUCGCGAUUGAGCAAAGCUGCCAACACCGCGGAGGGCCUGGUAAAGCUGCUUCAGCAGGGAGCUUCCAAAGCGAGUGAGCAGGACGUAAUUGAGACACGAGCGUAUCAGGCGACUUUGGCGGGAUCAGAAGAGUUCGAAAGGCAUUCUGGAGGGCAGAGAUCAGACGAGGAGAGGCAGAAAGGCUGGCAAUUGUGCUUGCAACACUACUCAAAAGCGAGAGUCAUAUAUGCUGCUCUCCUCGAGAAGGAGAAGAAGGAAGUAUACAGGACUGUCCUCGCAGACACGGUGGACCCAACCAUUCGAUAUGCGGCCUACCAAGCUCGGCUCUCUCGUACCAUAGCCAUACCGACCGUGGCCAAGCGAUACUUCCCAAAAGAUGACCGGGAGCUUGUGUCUGCAGUCGAGAAGUUCGAUGCAUAUGCGUUGAAGGAUAAGCCUGCGCCCAAGUCUGAAGACGAGGGACAGACGGCGCCACAAGAGAUUCCUAACAGUGUUUCAUGGCGCGGGCGUAGAGCUAAUAUCGUGGAUGCUUCCAUCGGGCAGGCACUGGCCAGUGUGACGGCGGCUGAAGCAAGACUGCGCUCGUAUCUAACCACCAAUCCAAAUGCGUCCUCGCGUGAUAAAGCGACGGCCUACGACGAUGUUCUGAUCGCGUCUCAGGAUGCGGCAGACGCCACGAAGCGAGCCAUUGAUGAACUGGAAAAAGAACGAGUAGACGAAAGUGAUGCUCGAAUGCAAGAUCUGCGAGUCACCAGCUUGUCAGUGAACUACGAUCUUGUCUCCUGGCGAGUGGGGAGAUAUCGUAUUCUGAUAGGACACGAUGAUGGCUUGUCCUUUGGAGCACAGAUGCAGAAGAAGCCCAGACAUCCACGCAAGGAUGGCACAGAGUAUCCAGACAAGGAAGAGCCUCGGGGACGGCAGCUUGCACGCCUGCGUGAGCGCAUUGUGCUGUACGAUGCCAUCAUCCAGAGCAUCAACUCGAUCAAAGAGCUGCGUGGCGCUAUGCGGGACGAGAGCUUUGUGGCCGAGUUGGACGGCAAGGCAAGCUACUUCCGCGCGUUGAAGUGUCUCAACAUCUCGUACUCGCACUCUCUACUGGACAAUCAUCUCAAUGCUCUCGCGCUAUUGAAGAGAGCGCAGGAUCUUGUCGCGAACCCAGUGUCAUCUUCGAAUGCUCAUAGCACUAGCACUCCACCAACGCUGGAUGUCCAUUCUUCAGAAUCUGAUCGCGUGAGGACACAUGUCAGCUCACUUACAUCUCGCAUGCAUGCCGUUGUAGAGAUGCAGGCUCUGGAGGCCAACUCUGCAAUCGCUGCCAAGAAGAAUAUGACCUCUGCCGCCCCUGUUGUUCAGCGUUUGACGGAGUACCCUACUCCUGGCACACAGGUGGACCUCAAUAAUCUCGUCACCUUCCCGCCCAAGAUGGAGCCGGUGCCCGUGAAGCCAUUGUUCCUCGAUGUUGCUUUCAACUACAUCGAGUAUCCUGGCCGCAAAGCUGAAGCUGUGGUUGCCGAGCAGACACCUGCCUUGAACGGUUCCUCGAACGAAUCUGCACCGCAGCCGCAGAAGAAGGGCUGGUUCAGCUUUGGACGCUAAGAAGAUGGCAACCGUGACGUUGUCAUAUAUUGAUCACAAAGAGCGGGACUGACAUUCUUCAGCUCGGCAAAGGAGGCGUCGACUACUCGAAAAGUCAUGCUUUCAAUCCUGUCUAUGGAGAGUAUACCCCGGUAGCAGGCUGGUCCACUUUCUCUCAGGAUUUGCAAAUUCGAGUGAUGCACGAGGGAGCUCCAAUGCGAGCCCGCGUAUAGUCGAUGGGCACGGCAGACGGAGGUGUUGCAGUGCUUCACAAGCCUAAGGUAGUCUACGAGAUCAGCGUCGACCUGCUGCUUCCAUCGAGACAUGGCCGCGGCCUACACCGACCAAGCGCCGCGGAAAAUGCCAUUUUCGUGUAUUCGACACGGGCAAAAAGGUUAUGAGUGGCAGACUCGAUGAUGCUGUCUGUACACUGCCUCCAAUCGAUCCCUAUUAUGCUAGACGAAUCCCGUCUCACUGCAACAGCAUGUGUCGUGCAAUCAUGCACAGUCUCUUGCUAUGAGUGUCGAGUCAGGUCAAGUUGGGAGAAUUUAGAUCCAUCUGUCCAUUUCGAUAGAGAUGAUAUAGCCAGUAGAAGCAAUGACUGCUCAUACUAGUAUAAA